AUGGCUCCUAAGACCGAGGUUAAUCACAACUAUAAUGAUGACCAUUGCCUCCCCUGCCCAUCGAGUGAUAAGGAAGACGACUGCAUGUAUUGUCCAUGGGCGAGCAUUGAGGAGGACGAGGCUGCUGAGCAGAGCACUACGGCUACGCUGGGAGCGGACUCUGCGGCACCGGGAAGUGGUCGCGAUCAAUCUCCUAUGAAUGAUUCGCCUCCGUUGCCGGGAUCGAGCGGCUCGUGUUGGACUCCAGUGGCUAACACGCGGACGUACACGCCGGUUCCUGAAGAUACUGAUAGGAUUCUCUGCGUGAAGGUUUACAGCACAGAGCCUAUACCGUGUAAACCGCGGUCUAGCACUCGAAAAAGAAGUGUAGAGGAAAACGGCGUCAAUACUGCGCAGAUCGAUUCUUAG